GGUAGAAAGAGAGAGUGGAGGAAAAGUGUAGCCUAUAAAGGAGGAAGAAAAGAGGAGGAAGAGAAGAAAGGAGGAAAGGAAGAGGGUGUGAAGUGGAAGGGGGAGGAAAGGCAGAAAUAGGAGGAGGGGUACGAUGGAUGAGGAAAAGGACGCAGAAAAGAGUAUGGGUGCGGAGGAGAGCGUAUGGAGGAAAAUGAUGGGAGGGGGGAGGAGGAGGAGAAGAGGGAGGAGCAGAAGGUAGGCUGGCACUCAGUCUGUUCGCCCAGCAGCAGCAGCAGCAGCAGCAGGACAAUGGACUGUCUUCAUUACGGAUCCUAACGGGCACCGGGCUGUUUCUGGCAAAGUGGAAUAUAAGGAGGGGAACGUCAAACAGCUCCAGGAUGCUGCCGUCCUCAUCCCUGCUAAUCUGCUGUUCACCAGCGGCCAUCUGAUUUACCAAACAUGAUGAAGACUGAACCCCCGUCGGCCACGGGGGGCAACGGGACCUCCGGUGGUAGCAGUGGGGGAAGCGGGAGCUCCAACCUGCGGAGUCCCUCGCCCCACCGCAACGCCUACGAGGCGGGGCUGGCGGCACUCAAGAAGGCCACUGACCACCUCAACAAUGCCGCAAACGGAGGCGCUGGCCCUGCCUCAAAACCCGCUCCUCUGCCUCGCCCAACCGGGAGGGGCCGGAAAUAUGGAUCAAAUGUUCACCGCAUCAAGAACAUGUUCAUGCAGAUGCAGUCUCCUGGUGAUGAGGAGGACGGAGCCAAAAUGAUUGCCAUCUUUCCAAUUAACUUUGGCAACUCAUUGGCAGGUGUAGAGCAGGGGGUGAAACUGUCCCUACCGAGGGCAUCCAGCCUUAACGAGAACGUCGACCACAGUGCCCUGCUCAAACUGGGGGCCACGGUCUCAGAGAGGGUCAACCGUUUUGACUCCAAACCAGGCGGAGAAGGCGGGGGCUUCUCCAAGCUCCAGGAGACCAGGAGGAUCUUCGAACAGCGGACUCUACAGGAGAAGCAAGCUGCCAACAACCGGAUCUUGCUGAAGAAGGAGCGGGCUUCGGGAUUCCAGGACAGCCGUCUAGAUGUCGUGGCUCGCUUUAACGGCUCCACCGAGGCUUUGGACCGACUGGACGACCCCCCUGCUCCCUCUCCCGCGCCGGCUACUCUUCCCGCGCCGGCUACUCUUCCCGCGCCGGCUACUCUUCCCGCUACUCUUCCCGCGCCGGCUACUCUUCCCGCGCCGGCUACUCUUGCCGCGCCGGCGGCUUCAGUCGAGCCCAGUGACGCUGUCAGCCCCACCGUGAGCCAGCUCAGUGCCGUGUUCGAGAAGACCGAACCGCAAACCAAUCUCCACGCCCCCCAGCGUCGGUCAGGCCCUGCCCUAGCACCAAAGCCCAAACCUCCAGCCAGAGCGGAGGCUACCGGGAGAAAGGGAAAGCUGCUCCCUCCAGGUAAGGAGGACGGCGAGGAGGUGGGAGUUGUUUGCAUCCAGGCAGCAGAAGUGAGCGGUUCUCUGCUGGGGGGCUCAGCAGAAGUGAAGGCCAGCGAGGAGAAGGACGGGUUCGGACAGUCGGGAGACCAGCUCCCCAACUCCUCCUGCUCCUACUCCUCCUCAUCAACCUCUUCCUCUUCGGACGUCAAGCCAGAGUCGGAGGCCCAGCCAACGGCGACUGAAGCCAGGGGCUCGAGUACGGUGGCCCCCCCAGAGCAAGAGCCCCGAGCUGAUGAGCCAGACGGCUCCACGGGGGGGUCAGAGGCCGGAGCCAGGCUGGUGCAGGCCGACAUUCACGCCUCGCUGGAAAACGGAGAAAAAGAGUCUCCAGGUUCCUCUCCCUCCUCAGAGGAGAGAGGAGAGGACUCUGAGAGGAGAGGGGACGAAGGCGAGGAGGAGGAGGAGGAGGAGGAUAACGAUGAGGAUGGCUCCAGGAAGGAGGAUUACUCUGAGGGUGAUCUGGUGGACAUCAGUGCGUACAGUGGGCUCGGCGAGGAGGACUCUGGGGGCAGCCAGCUAGACGACGAGGAGGAUGAGGAAGAUGAGGAGCCGUAUCAGCCGGAGACCAGCUGCUCCGAGAUCCCGGGUCUCCCAGAGGAAGAGGAGCCGCCGCCACCCAAUAGGAAGAUUAAAUUCAGCACAGGGCCAAUCACGGUGAGUGAGGUUUUAGCAGGUCAGUGCCAGUGCCAAACUCACGCUGACGUUGACCCCAUGGCACCACCAGGCAUGCACGCAUGGCGUCGGCCGAUGCAGCUGCAGCUGGACCUGUUUCCUGUAGAGCUGGAGAAGGACGGUGAUGGUCUGGGUAUCAGUAUUAUAGGUAUGGGUGCAGGAGCUGAUAUGGGUCUGGAGAAACUGGGGAUCUUUGUUAAGACGGUCACCGACGGAGGAGCUGCACAGAGAGACGGCAGGAUCCAGGUUAAUGAUCUGAUAGUGGAGGUUGAUGGGACCAGCCUGGUCGGCGUCACUCAGAGCCUCGCUGCCUCUGUCCUCCGCAACACCACCGGCACCGUCAGGUUUGUGAUUGGUCGGGAGAAGCCCGGGGAGCAGAGUGAAGUGGCUCAGCUGAUCCAGCAGACUCUGGAACAGGAGAGAUGGCAGAGAGAGAUGAUGGAGCAGAGAUACAAACAGUACAUGGACGAUGACGAAGAGACGGGUGAAUAUGCGACGGACGAGGAGGAGGAGAUGAGUCCAGUGUUUCCAAACUCCAUCGAGGUUUUCGACCUGGCCGAGAACCAGGACAUGUUGUCUCCUGUGGAGCUGGACCCCGAGAAGCUAGCCCACAAGUUCAAGGAGCUCCAGAUUAAACAUGCAGUAACCCAGGCGGAGAUCCAGCUGCUGAAGAGGAAGCUGGCUCACGCAGAGCAGGAUAAGUUGCGUUGGCGGAUGGAGCGCGCUCAGUUGGAGCAAAACAUCCGGGACAGUAAAGAGAGGAUGGAGAAACUGGAGGGCUACUGGAUGGAGGCGCAGUCCCUGUGUAAGGCAGUGGAUGAACACCUAAAGGAAACCCAGGCUCAGUACCAAACUCUAGAGAGGAAAUACAGCAAAGCCAAGAGACUGAUUAAAGAGUACCAGCAGAAGGAGAUAGAGUACCUGAAGAAGGAGACUGCUCAGCGUCAGGCACAAAAAGAGAAUGAGGCAACACACAAAGAGGAGGCGGACAACCUGCAGGAAAAGAUUACAGACUUGGAGACCAAAGUGGAUGCCCUGAAGACCCCCCAACCCUCCUAGACUGCUGCUGCUACUUCCUACCUCCUGUCUGGGACUGGAAGAGGAGGAGCUCUGCCUUCAUUCUGACCUAGGCUGUAUUUUAAUCCAAUCAACCAUUCACUGCACGGACAGGUAGUUAGGGGAAAAAAAAAGAAUAACAGGGAUGACAAUUGUGAAAGAGAGGACAAGGGGGGGUGACAUUCAAAGAGGAAAGAAGCAUCCUCUCAUCUGACAUCUAACCAGCGAUCAAUAACCAGUCAAUAACCAAUCCCAAAAUGCUCCUUCUGUAAUACCCAGAAUCCUCCUUGUGUGUCUUCCUGGCAACCCGGCUUGGCAAUCAACACGGAAACCACAUUCAACAACCUCUGCUUUUAUUUAUGGAUGAUCUGUAUUGGCUUCUCCUCUCUUCAAUAUCUUACCCGGAUUCAAAUUUCUUUUAAACAAAGCGCUUUUAUUGAACAGGCUCGUCACAAAGUGCUUUACAGAGUGACAAGAGGGCACAACCGCAAAAUAAAACCAAGGAAAAGGACAUUUGAUUUGUUGUUCUACUACUUUUGAACUAGGUGGUUUGCCGAACCAUUCCUUCCGUUGUUUGGGACUGGACUGGAUUCUUCUGAAGAGGACGAACGUGUUUUCUGUCGCAUGGCAUUGAUCAUUCGAAUCCAAACCUACACGGAGAAGUGGCCACCGCAUUUUUAAAAGACAAAUUCAGAAGUGGAACCGUGGUAGUAAUGUGCAACAAAAACUUUGAAAGGAAAUAGCCACCACCUGCUGAUAGUUAAGUAAUAAAAACUACAAAACAA